UUGGCCGUUAUAGUCUGAUUGAUAAAGGCAAAAAGCAAGCACCCAUCCACUCUAUCUGUCUGCUUUGGUCGUCGGGAUGGAGCAAAACCUAACCUCAGCCACAGAAGCAGAGCUCGAGAAAGAUAAAGUCGUGGCUGAUUCCGACCAGAGGAUGGGGCAAAGUCUAGCCCCGAGCUCAGAAGCAGGGUGCGGGAAAGACAAAGCCAUGGCUGAUUCCGACGAUUCUGAUUCAGAGGACGAAGCUCAGCAGAACCUCCAACUCGAAUCCCUCCAGACCGAGCUUGCUGCUAACCCCUCCAACUACGAUGCUCAUUUGCAAUACAUAGCGCUUUUGAGGAGAACGGGUGAUGUUGAUCAGCUGACAAUAGCCCGGGAAGCUAUGAGUGAACUCUUUCCGUUGAGCCCUACAAUGUGGCUCCAAUGGAUCAAAGACGAGCUUUCUAUCGACACUGCUUCUCGACCCGAGGCUUUCUCUAGAAUUCUGAAGCUUUACGAACGGGGGGUCUUUGAUUACCUGUCUGUAUCUCUCUGGUGUGACUACAUUAAUUUUGUCCAAGAGUUUGAUCCAAUUGUACGCCAAUGUACACCUACUGGUAUUUCUAAGACAAGGGAUUUGUUUGAGAGUGCCCUUACUGCAGCCGGGUUGCAUGUUGCUGAAGGCAAUAAAAUAUGGGAAGCAUACAGGCAAUAUGAGCAGGCUAUACUUUUAACCAUCGAUGAUACUGAUGCACAGGCCAAAGAAAAGCAAGUCCAACACAUUCGUAGUUUAUUCCACCGCCAAUUGUCUGUUCCUCUUGCUGAUAUGAGUUCAACACUUACAGCCUAUAAGACCUGGGAGGUGGAACAAGGAAAUCUUCAAGAUGUUGAAUCCAUUGAAUUGGUUGAUAUUUAUCCUCAUGUUGCAUCUUCGUACCAGAAGGCCUUGGAGAUGUAUAAUGCUCGUUUUCAUCUUGAAGAACAGAUUUUGAGCUCGAAUGUUUCGAAUUCAGAAAGACUACAACACUACAUGAACUAUUUGAAAUUUGAGCAGUCUUUUGGAACGCCAGCUAGAAUUCAAGUUCUAUAUGAACGAGCUAUAACUGACUUUCCUGUAUCUCCCGAUCUCUGGCUUGAUUAUACUCGCAACUUGGACAACACUUUGAAGGUUGGAAAUAUUGUCAGCAAUGUUUAUUCUAGGGCAACUAAGAAUUGCCCUUGGAUUGGAGAACUUUGGGUUCGGUAUAUGCUUGCCUUGGAGCGUGGUCAUGCUUCUGAGAAAGACUUGUCUGAUGUCUUUGAGAAGUCCCUGCAAUGUACCUUUUCAACUCUGGAUGAGUAUCUUGAUUUGUUUCUUACUCGGGUAGAUGGCUUAAGGCGAAGAAUGACAUCCACUGGUGAACAGGAUUUGGAAUAUAAAAUAAUAAGGGAGACCUUUCAGCGUGCAUCGGAUUAUCUAUCACCUUACUUGAAGAAUACAGAGGGUUUGCUACAUUUACAUGCUUAUUGGGCCCGUUUAGAAACAAAACUUGGAAAAGAUAUAACUGCAGCUCGUGGAGUUUGGGAGAGUUGUCUUAAAAUAUGUGGUUCAAUGUUGGAGGCAUGGAAUCGUUAUAUAGAAAUGGAAGUGGAAUUGGGUCACAUAAAUGAAGCAAGAUCCAUAUACAAGAGAUGCUACAGUAAGAGAUUUUCUGGGACUGGUUCAGAGGACAUAUGUCACUCAUGGUUACGCUUUGAGAGGGAAUUUGGCAAGUUGGAAGAUUUUGAUCAUGCAUUACACAAGGUUACCCCUCGGCUUAAAGAGCUACAGUUAUUUAGGAUACAGCAGGAAUCCAAGUCGGCAGAGGAAAGUGAAAAGAAUACAAAGAGAAAUGCUCGUGAAAAGAGAAAGAUGGGGUCGGAUAUAACUGAAGAACAGUCUUCAUACAAGCGACUUAGAGAUGUUGGAAAUCCAGAGAAAGCACCUGAGGAGAAUAAACAUCAAGUGCAGAACUCUUCUCAGGUGACAAAAGUGGAAGGGGUCAAUUGGAAGAAUACUAAAAUUGAUGAUAACCCAAGUGAGCAACAGUUUAGCCACGAAAAAAACAGAGCAUAUUCUGAUCACUGCACUGCUUUUAUAUCAAAUCUUCAUCCUACGGCAAAUUAUGAACAUAUUCGUAAUUUCUUCAGUGAUGUUGGUGGAAUUGUUGCCAUACGGAUCCUGCAUGACAAAUUCACUGGAAAAUCAAGGGGACUAGCAUAUGUGGACUUCAUGGAUGAUGAACACCUUGCUGCUGCAAUUGCUAAGAACAAGCAAAAGUUAAUUGGAAAGAAGCUAAGUAUUGCUCGGUCUGACCCAAAGCGAGGUGGAAGGGAAUCUUCUAAUCCAAAGACAUUGAAAGAACAUGUACAUACAACUAAUCAUUCUAGUCAAAAAGGUUCCUUAUCCAAAGAAACUGAGGAUACUUACAAGGAAGAUGUAAAGGAUGCGAAGUUGUCUUCUACAAAGCCAGGAAAUGAUAAUAUCCAGCUUAAAGGGAAGAAUACUUUUGCCGUGCCUAGAAAUGUCCGACCUCUUGGUUUUACUGCAAAUAAACCAAAAGCAGAAGAUGCGGAUGAAAAGCCAAAAUCCAAUGAAGAAUUCAGAAAGAUGUUCAUUCGUUAAAAGGCUUUUGUGCCCCUAAUUUGUGACUCAGAAGAUGGCAAUUGUCUUUCAAUUUUUUGUCGUAGGUGGAAAAGAUGCAAGUUAUGUGUCUAGAAUGACUCUCGUUAAGGGUGUUGCAUUACUAAUUAGAUCGGUCUACCUAUAUUAACAUUCGGGUAGUCUUAACUGUUUACAAUUGAAGUACAGAAUGUUUUGGACUUUUGGUUGAAGCUUUGUAUAAUGUACGGAUAUGAAAAUUUCACAGUAUUGUUUCACUAUAAUAGAUAAAUUUUUAUUCACGAUGUUAUUUUAA